AUGACAGCAUACGGGCAUUCAGCAGGAGAGUUCAUCGAAUGUCUCAGUAUCGCGAUACAGCUGAAGAAAGAAGAAACUGUGGAUCAAUUCGGCAACGUAGCAUAUCGAGUUGGAUUCAAAAUCGGUGGUGGAAUUGAUCAAGAUCCUGCCUGUGCCCCAUUCAAAUAUCCCGAUCAGGGUAUAUACAUCACCCACAUCGACGAAGAUUCACCGGCAGCUCGAGCAGGACUUAGGCGCCAUGACAAAAUCCUUCAGGUGAAUGGACUUGACUUCACGUUGCUGACUCAUGAGCGAGCAGUAAAGUAUAUCAAGAAGUACGCCGUGUUGGACAUGCUUGUGGCUCGGGCUGAACUUCCUUUUUUGCACCACUGA